AUGUCACCAACCAUCCCCAAGAUGCAGUGGGCCCAAGUCGUCGAACAAAAGGGCGGUCCACCAGUCUACAAACAAAUCCCCGUCCCAAAGCCCGGCCCCGAUGAAGUCCUCAUAAAAGUCCGCUACAGCGGCGUCUGCCAUACAGACCUACACGCUAUGAAUGGCGACUGGCCACUGCCCCUCAAGCAGCCCUUGGUAGGCGGCCACGAAGGCGCAGGCAUCGUCGUCGCCAAAGGUGAAUUGGCCCAGGGCAUCGAUAUCGGCGACCGUGCGGGUAUCAAGUGGUUGAAUGGAUCGUGCUUGGCAUGCGAGUUCUGCAAGACAUCUGACGAGCCUCUCUGUCCUGAUGCUCAGCUGUCUGGAUACACGGUCGACGGUACCUUCCAGCAGUAUGCUAUUGGCAAGGCGGCUCACGUGUGCAAGUUGCCGAAGGAGGUUGCCCUUGAUGCUGUUGCGCCUAUUCUUUGUGCUGGUGUUACUGUUUACAAGGGUCUUAAGGAGUCUGGUGCGAGGCCUGGUCAGACUGUUGCUAUUGUUGGUGCUGGUGGGGGUCUUGGUUCGUUGGCUCAGCAGUAUGCCAAGGCUAUGGGAUUGCGCGUUGUUGCCAUUGAUGGCGGUGAUGAGAAGCGUGCUAUGUGUGAGGAGCUUGGUGCUGAGGCCUACAUUGAUUUCACCAAGUCCAAGGAUCUCGUCGAAGAUGUCAAGGCCGCUACACCCGGAGGUCUGGGUGCCCAUGCUGUGCUCCUUCUUGCUGUCUCGGAGAAGCCUUUCCAACAGGCGGUCGACUAUGCCCGUUCCCGUGGCUCGAUCGUUGCUAUCGGCUUGCCAGCCAAUGCUUUCCUCAAGGCUCCCGUUUUCACCACCGUUGUCAAGAUGAUCAACAUCAAGGGCAGCUACGUCGGCAACCGCCAGGAUGGCGUCGAGGCUGUUGACUUCUUUGCGCGUGGCUUGAUCAAGGCCCCAUACAAGACUGUUCCUCUGAAGGAAUUGCCAGAGGUUUUCAAGCUCAUGGAGCAAGGGAAGAUUGCUGGCCGUUAUGUCCUCGAGAUCCCGGAAUAG